CGGGUUCACCCACACACGGAGCCCUUCUACCUUCUACACGUUUUGCACGUUGCACAUUUGAAGUCUCAACAAUGGCCUUGAGCUGCUUCAGCGUCGCAUACUGCUCGGGGUCAACCGACUCGACCUACGCUCCAUGAGAUGCUGCCAUGGGUGCCAUGGGCCAUGGGCGCACCUCGCGAAGCAGCGCGACCGCCCUCCGCUUGCGGCUGCUGCUCUCCUCGGCCAUCGCACCUGGUUUCCGUAAUCCGGAAACACAUAAAUAUUAUCCGGACCUCCGUCUUGCAGUUUCGCGCAAAUGGCCGAGCCCGCGGAUACGAUGGGGCUCCUCGAGCAGACGACCGCGGACCCGCGGAAGCAUGGCGGACGAUCUUGGUCGACGCAUGGGCUCUGCUGCGUGAGGUCGAUGCAGGGAGUAUGCUGUGGCUGGUCGACGCAUGGCGGUUCCUGCGCGAGCAUGCAGCUGGUCGCGAAGGGGCUGCAGCUCCUCGAGCGGUCUCGGGUCCUGCACCUUGCCGCGCUGGGUCUGCGCCCCCGGCCGCAGCACCUGCCCAAGCCUCGCGACGGUCUUCUUCUCCAUACGUACAUCCCGCAGAUACGCAUUCUUGGCACCGACGCGCUUCGGAACGACCCGAUGGUGGUGCACCCGAUCGUGCUUGUCCAUCUCGUCGACGUCUCGACGGGCUGCUACCUCAUGAAGUUCGACCGUCAACGACCAGGUGUCCAUGCGCUAGAGCCCGUGACGAUGCUCCAGGGCGCGCUCAAGAAGCAUACGAUGUGCGACUACAUCUUGCCGAUCGCGACGCAGCCGUGCCCCUUGUCACCCAACGGCCAAGACAACCCAACGUGGAACGAACUCCUGCUCGUCAACGACGCCUACUCGCAUUAUCUCCGGCCCGAGACGCUUCUGCUGUUUGAGGUGGUCGACUUUACGCCGCAAACGAGUCUGCUCCCGGGCAAUGCGAGCUAUUACACGGUCGCGUGGGGCUUUUGCCGACCGCAGAGUCCACUCGGCAGCUACAACAUUCCUCUCGCGUCCGACGAGACGACGACCCAUCGCAUUCAGCUGUACGAGUACCAGCCAACGUCGUGGCUCAUCGACACGCAGACCAAGCGCAUGCGACCGGACGCGAAUGCGCCGCCCCAACCACCCGUGUACUUUCAGUAUCUACGCUAUCGGCGGCAGUCGUACCCGUGCACGCUCCACGUCUCCUUUGGCAUGCAGCCAGAGCCACCAUGGACGCAAGUGGAGCACCGCGCCAUGUUUGCCCAUGAGCAAGAAGUCGGUGAGCGCGAAGACGACGUGCCGCUGCAGGAACUCGACAAGAAGCACGUGCUCCAAGCAAAGUCGAGCGGGCAUUUACCCAUCGCGAGCGUGCGCGACUCGUUCUCCAUGAGCGCCGAGCACCUCAUGGCAUUCCCCAGCGUGCACUGCAAGCGGUACCCGAGCGAGUUUUGUCUAGUGCCGGAACGCAUCUUGCACCGACUCCACAGCGGCGACGGCGGCUGCCAAUCGGUCGCGUUCUCGCAUGCCGGCUCCCACCUCGCCGCCGCCUGCUGCGACCGGCACGGCGAGUACCCGAUUCGGCUCUAUCACAUCGACACGGGCGUUCAGGAGGCGGUGCUACUCGGCCACCAAGCAUUGGUCUAUGCCAUUACGUGGUCACUGGACGACGAGCAUCUUCUCAGCGCGUCGUCCGACGGUAGUGCCAAGCACUGGCAGGUGUCUCCGCCUGCACUGCUCCACUCGUUUUACCACCCACUGCCCAACUUUGUCUACUGCGUCGAGUGGUGCUCAGACAGCCUUGGCGCAACGGGGGCGCUCGAUGGGUUUGUUCGUCUCUGGGACCUCGGGCAAGGGCGGCCGAUCGCCAACCUGCACCCGGCCCACACCAGUCGCGUCAAUGCGAUACGUUUCGAGCCAAAGUCCCAACGCCUCUUCUCCGGGGACGCUGCGGGUAUCAUUUGUGUGUGGCAACCCAAAGGCGCAUCGUUUGAGCUCGUCAAGACGCUCAAGCACCACGAUUUGAUGGGCAAAUGCAUCACGAGCUUUCAGCUGCAUCCCAAGCGCAGCCAGCUCCUCGUGCAAGCGCAGCCGAAUACGCUGCUGCAGUUCGAGUUGCGCUCGUACUUGGUUCUGAACAAAGGGUACAGCGGCCUGACGGUCACGUCGGCAAUGGUCAAGAGCGCGUUUAGCCCCGACGGCCGCUUUGUUGCGAGCGGCUCGGAAGACGGUGCAGUGUACCUCUACUCGAGCUUGAACGGACGGCGCAUUCCAAGCUCGAUGUGGGGCGGCAUCUUUUACGGCGACCCGCUCUGCGACGUGACAUGGUCGUCGAGCGCUCAUAUUGCGGCCCUGUGCUCUCUGGGAAGCGGCAACCCCAUCAUUGUCCUUGGCGCACGCCGGGACGACCUUCCAACCAAAGACAGUGCCGUCGCGGACGAAGAGAAGAACGAUCAGCAGCAUCUCCAGCGGCGCCAGAAACGCCUUGCCGAGCAUGUGGCGACGCUGCUGGCGCAGGACGGGCGGCAGCCACUUGUACCCGAGAAGGCCUAGCUGCACACCACCGUUUGCGCUUGAUGUAUAUUCUGGUAAUGGAGCGUGUGCUUUGCUGUGGCAGACGAAAGGGCGACUAGGGGUACAACCCUAGCCCUUAUGGUCCACCACGUCUCCGAUUGCGUCCAACA